UAGGCAAAAACAAAGCCACCUAUAAUCACGAGGUCCGACGAGGAAGCUUCUGCUUCUGUCCCGAGGAUCUUGGAUGUUUCUUGAAAAGUCGAUUGUUUUCACUAUUCACAGACAACAACAAACGCCAAACUGCUUUUCUUUUAUUAUCUUUUCAUUUACUUCGAGAAUUACCGUUUCUGUGUUUUAGGCUUCGAUAUAAUCGCUCUAAUAUGUCUUCUGAGGAGUUCGAAAAGCUGCAUGACAUGUACAGAUCUCUAUAUGAAGAAUUUAAGCUGAUGCCUGAACGAGCGCAGAGGUGCCAGGGAGAGGAAAGGAAGAGGAUUGUCAGGGACUUUGAUGAGCGCGUGUCAGAGGCUGAAGAAGUGCUUCAGGGCAUGGAACAGGAGCUGUUUGGUGUUCCAUCAUCCUUCCGAACCUCCAUGUCAACAAAGAUUCGACUGUACCGACGAGAUCUGGCCAAACUGCAAAGAGAAAUACGCCUCUCAGCAACACCAGGGUUUUCUAGUCACAUUGGAGAUGGCAGACAAGGCAUUUAUGCCGCUCAGAAUGACCAGAGUACUCAUCUGCAGUCUCAGCGUGCUUUGCUUAUCCAGGGGACAGAGUCUCUAAAUAAUGCGUCAAAGAGUAUUGAGCGAAGUCAACGGAUUGCAGCAGAGACCGACCAGGUUGGCACAGACAUCAUCGAGGAGCUUGGAGAACAGAGAGACCAACUGGACCGCACCAGAGACAGAUUGGUUCACACUGGCGAGAACCUGAGCCGCAGUAGGAAAAUCCUGCGCGCAAUGUCCAGGCGACUGGUGACGAACAAACUUCUACUAUCAGUCAUUAUCAUCAUGGAGCUGGCCAUCUUGGCAGGGGUGGUUUACCUGAAGUUCUUCCGUAAGAAAUGAGACACACAAGACUGUAUAAGACUUCACCUUUCCCUCUUCUUAUUUCUGAUGAUCACAGGUGUCUGGCCCAAUGACAGUGUGCUGGAUGCUUUUGUGACUGUGAGUGUCACAUGGACGUGUAUGCAUGGUUAUUUUAAGCGCUAAACUGUAUUAGCGUAAGUACUGCUCUCGGGGUGAAAAGAAGAUGGUGACCAUGUCACAUUCAGACUGUUGGAGGAUAAGGACCUGUACAAAACUGGCGUGAUGGGUUUACCCCAUUUUAGCUGUCUUGAACAAGGUGCCAUAUCUAGUGGAUGUACUGUAUGGAUGGACCGUGUAAACAGAAGGAUCCAGCAAAAGGAGUGAAAAAUAAUAUAUAUGCAACCUGUCUGCAUUAUUACAUGCCUCAAUUGUUUUAAAGUAAUGGAUCACUGAAAAAUUAUCAUUCUGUCAUCAUUUACUCGCACUAAUGCCAUUCCAAACCUUUUAUUGUUCAUACAGUGAAAGAACAGCUCUGGACCCUGCUGACUUUCAUUGUAUGAACAAAGAUUCAUUCUUCAAAUGUCUUCCUUUCUCAUUGGCUGGGAAUGACAUGGGGGUUCAUUGUGUAAUAGACUUUUUUUGUGACAAGUGUUAACUUGUUAUUAAAGGUAGCAGCUCUUGGGUUUCA